GCGGGGCCCCCGGGAUGGCGACGGCGCUGGAGUCCGGGCUGGCGCGGCUGCUCUUCUACCCGACGCUGCUGUACACCCUGGCGCGGGACAAGGCCCCGGGAAAGGCCCACCGCCCCUGCUUCCACCGCAUCGACCGCACGGUGCUGCUCGGGGCGCUGCCGCUCAAGGCCCGCACGCGCCAGUUGGUGGAAGAAGAGAACGUGCGAGGGGUCAUCACCAUGAACGAAGAGUAUGAGACCCGCUACCUCUGCAACUCCACCCAGGAGUGGGAAGCGGCCGGAGUGGAGCAGCUCCGGCUCAGCACGGUGGACCUGACGGGGAUCCCGACCCUGGAGAACCUGCAGAAAGGGGUUCGGUUCUUGCUGCAGCACCGGGCCCGCGGGAACAGCGUCUACGUCCACUGCAAGGCCGGGCGUUCCCGAAGCGCCACGAUGGUGGCCGCCUAUCUCAUAGAGCUGCACAAGUGUAGUCCGGAGGAGGCCGUCGAUGUCAUUUCCCAAAUCCGUUCCCACAUCAUCAUCCGACAGGGUCAACUCCAGACACUUCAGAAAUUCCACCAGAAGGUCACCGAGGCGGAGGCGAACGAGAGACACCAGACAAACUCUUAAUCGUAUCACUCCAUGUUUUUUGAAUUCUACUUAGUGCAGGAUAAGGAAGUGAGUGUAAGGGGCCAUGUAGCUGGACGAAACGGACUUAACCCCUCUAGGGAGCAAUGUGGCACCUCAAAGAUGAUGGAAAACGCUGAGCCACA